UGCGUUGAAAAAAAUCAUCAAUUAUAGCGAAAUUGAAUUUGGCGCUGUCGUCCAGGAUCGAUACAAUUUACGUAUAGACGUUAAUAAAGUUUAAUCAGAUAACUACUGCCGGUAUGUAUAAUGUCUAUGUAUAUUCAACUAUUAUUCUUCAAUAUGUCCUGUACAUAAUAAUCGGUACGAGGUGCCAUGAUUUAUUGUAUAAUUACACGUCGUCGUAUUUAUAGUAUUCUAUCGGUGCUCGCGUUCGUCUGUUAAUCUAUUUUCAGACGUCCCCGCGGUGGUCACAGUCGAUGCGAUUCGAUUGUUCGAUUUCGUUCGGUUCCCGUGGACCCAUUCACGACACCCGAAAAUUGGCGAUCAGUGUUUUCAGCACAGGCACAUUGAUCGGACCAAUUCGGAUUUACCGGAUCAGACAUGACCAAUCACAUAAAAAUAAUUAUUAAAUAGAUAUUAUAUAUAUAUAUAUAUCUAUAUAAGGACAAAUUUUGUAUAUCCUUAUCCGUGUCAAGUGUCAACUGCAGGCAUACGUAGUAAUCUACACAUAAUUGUAUAAUGGAUUCGUGGCUGUCUGUGAACGUAGCAUCGGCCAAUGUCCUGUCCAGAGACAAUCGAGGAUCCGUCCGCGGAGUCAAGACGACGAUCGAAAAACUACCAGACAAAGUUUUGUUGAAUAUAUUUUCGUACCUGAGCCACAAAGAAAUAUGUAGUAUGUCUAGAGUGUGUAGAAAGUGGCGCACGAUUGCUUAUAACACGUCCCUGUGGUACAGCGUAUCCCUAAGACCGGAAAUAUCGGGACUCCACGUCACAUCACUAGACUUUCUGCUGUCUCUUAUCAGUGUAAGAUUCGGCUCUUCGUUGCGUUAUAUCGAGCUGCCCAUCGAGCUCAUAACGCAUACAGUCUUGCAUGAACUGGCCAAUAGAUGUCCAAAUCUCACUCAUAUGUUACUCGACUUUUCAACCGCCAUGCAACUACACGAUUUCAGUGAGCUCCAAGCAUUCCCAACCAAGUUGAAAUAUCUCUGUGUGUGCUUAUCGGAAGUUAUCUUCAUGGAAGGAUUCAUGAGAAAGAUCUACAACUUCAUAAACGGACUGGAAAUAAUUCAUUUGAUAGGUACUUAUGAAAAAGUGGAAGAGGAAGAGGAAGAGAUUUACGAGGUGAUCAACGUUCACAAACUAAAAUCGGCUACGCCGAACUUAAGAGUCAUAAACUUGUACGGGAUAAACUUCAUCGACGACAGUCACAUUGACGCGUUUAGCUCCAAUUGUAUACAGCUUGAGUGUUUGGCCGUGAACUAUUGCUCCAAGGUCACGGGUUCUACAAUGAAAACGUUAUUUCAAAGGAGUAAAAGGCUCAGGUGUCUUUUAAUGAAUCAAACGAAUCUUAUCAGCGAGUAUGUAAUGCAAGUAGAAUGGGAAAAAUCAUCGAUUCAAGAAUUAGAUAUAUCUGGGACCGAUCUCUCUACUGAAUGCCUAAUCGAUAUGUUAGUUAGGAUACCGAAUUUGAAGUUCCUGAGCGCAGGCCAGUUAAACGGAUUCAACGACUCUGUGUUGAGUACGUUCAUGGAGCAGGGUAACGUCAGGAACUUAAUCGCGCUCAAUUUGGACUAUUCAGACAAUUUGUCAGACGAAGGACUUUAUAAAUUUUUGUCUCGGUAUGGACAUCAGCUACAGGGACUUUCUUUGGCUGGCAUGCCGCAAAUUACCGAUCAAUUAUGGAACACAGUCUUACCGGUACUCAAUAAUAUCAUAAUUAUGGUUAUGGGCACUCAAGAGAGACUAUCUGGUAAUGUGCUAGUAGAUCAACUUAUGGACGGUAUAGCUACAAAUUGUCCGAAACUAGAGAGACUCGAAUUAAAAUGGGAUCCGGAUAAUUUAAGAUUUUCGGAUAAAAGCCAAAAAGCAAUUGAUAUUUUCCGAGUGAAAUGUUUAAAACUCAAAUGUUUAGUUUUAAGCGAUGGAAGGUAUUACGAAAUAGUGAAAGCAAACUUCGAAAGAGCAGAUAGACUAACGGUGGUUAGGACCACUACAUGCUGUAGUGUCUCAAAUUAUUAUCUACUACAGAAUUACAAAGAUUUAAUAUUUAAUUGAUUCCAGAUCAUUUAUUAUUUAUAAAAUUUA